AUGGGCAACAGCAAAUAUCCUCUUCUACUUGGAGCACAAAUUGGAAUGCUUGUCACCGAUGUCGCGUUCAAUGCCGCUGCAGUACUUCUCUUCGGUAACAGCAUUGUACUGCUGAUGAUGUACAUACUUCAAGACACACUUAUCCUGCUGUCAGUGAUCGUGCUGGUGAUCGCGUUCUCGUCGACGUUCGUUUCAGCUGGACUUAUCUUCUUGUUAUUUCGACGAUUCGCUUCCACCCUUAUUGCUGCGUUCGUCUAUUUGGGUCUUUCCAUCACUCUUCAUUGUGUCACGUUGAACAAUCGAUGGGAACGUUCGACGACGUCAAUUUUCUUCACACCUCCCAUACUUGUACUUUACAUUGCUCAUAAAUGCUGUGCAGUAGUUCAUUAUGCGAUGUACAAACGAGCAGUGCUACUACUUGUUGAUCCGAAGUAUCACGGUGAUUCGGAAUGGCUUCGAAGCAAAAUUCGCGAAAGCGGCUGA